UUGCUUUCACGUUGAGGCACGCGCUGUCAACGCAAGCCAUCUGGGAAGUGCUUGCGGUCGGAUGUCAUCGGGCCUUGCUAGCUAGCUAGCUAGCAAGCAACUUGUAUCACAUAUAUCAUGGUUCUUUAUUGCUUUUGGAGAACUGAAACACAAGUUAAACAGCGACUGCGUUUAUUGUGAAGAGACAGGCCCCGAGGGGGAGAUGACCAAGGAGGACGUGCCUGAGUCUUCAGAGGGGGACUCGGUCCUGGGGCGACACUGCAGCUUCUCACCGGACGCAGAUCGGCCCGUCGUCCACCCGGUGGCGUCAGCCCCGAUGCCCUCCGACUGCGAGUUCUCCUUCUUUGACCCGAGCGACCCGCAGUGCCGGGAGGUUCUGCUGGACCCUCGGACCUCGGUGCCGGAGCUGUUCGCCGUCCUCAGACAGUGGGUCCCUCAGGUCCAGAAGAACAUCAGCCUGAUUGGCAACGAGAUUCUGAAGCGAGGCUGUGGUGUGAAUGAUCGGGAUGGCCUGACAGACAUGAGCCUGCUCCAUUACACCUGCAAAGCAGGAGCACCUGGCAUUGGUGACGCAGAGACCGCGGCCAGCUUCGCGCGGCAGCUCCUGUGUCUUGGCGCCCUGCCAGGCCUUCGCAGCCGCUGGACCAACAUGAACGCGCUGCACUACGCGGCGUACUUCGACGUGCCCCCCCUCAUACGCGUGGUCCUGCAGGCCUCCCCCCCCGGCGAGGUGGACGCCACCUGCAGCGACUUCGACUUCGGCACCGCCCUGCACAUCGCCGCCUCCAACCUGUGUCUGUCAGCCGCCAAGUGCCUGCUGGAGAUGGGCGCCAACCCCGCCUUCAGGAAUGAGAGGGGCCAGUGUCCCACUGACGUUGUGCCCGAGCCCCUGGACAUGCCCCUGGAGAUGGCGGACGCGGCGGCCCUGGCCAAGGAGAUGCGCGCCCUCCUGAAGGACGUCCUGCCCCAGCCGCGUGCCCCCGUCCCGCCCCGCCCCACCGGCGUCCUCUCCGACAAGGCCAGGGCUCAGCUCAGCGCCAUGGGCAUCCAGAUCGGAGACCGCGUGGUCAUCGCCGGACAGAAGGUUGGCAUCCUGCGUUUCUGCGGCAGCACAGACUUUGCCGGCGGUCAGUGGGCUGGGGUGGAGCUGGAUGACCCCGAGGGGAAGAACAAUGGCUCAGUGGCGGGAGUCCAGUACUUCAGCUGCCGCCCAAAACAUGGUAUCUUUGCGCCCCUGUCCAAAAUCACCAAGCCGUCGGAGCGUCGCAGGAACGCCCCCCUGCGGAGCUCUACCCCCCUGCGCUCCGCGCGGCUCGACCUGUCCCACGUCACCUCCAAGGUGAACACAGGGAAAAGCACUCCGUCUGUCCAAAAAACAGCCGAGAAACCGAAAGGGUCUGCUGCCCCCAUACAGGGCGCCAGCGAUCCCCUGGUGGGCAAGACAGGCAUUCUCUCGCGAAGCUGCUCCUCCUCCUCUUCCUCUCUUGACUCCAGGCACGGCCCUGCUUCUCGGCCCCGCCCGCUUCCACGGCAACGGCCGCCCGCCCGGAUGCGAAGAGAGCGAGCCCCGCCCACUUCAAAGGCCACGCCCCCAGCCGUUCAGACCCCCGCUGGCGCCAGAACGAGGACGCCGUCGGCGUGCAGCUCGGUGGGCGAGGCCUCGGAGGUGCGGCUGGGGGAGCGGGUCCUGGUGGUGGGCCAGCGGACGGGCGUGGUGCGCUUCUACGGCAAGACCAGCUUCGCCCCGGGGUUCUGGCUGGGCGUGGAGCUGGACAAGCCCAGCGGGAAGAACAACGGCUCGGUGGGGGGCGUGCAGUACUUCAGCUGCCCCCCCAAACACGGGGUCUUCGCCCCUCCCUCACGUGUGCAGAGGAUUCACGGUUCUCUCGACUGCCUGUCAGAGCUCAGCUCCUCCCGACUCAACCGCUCCUUCACCGGAAUCCGCCGCAGUUUCAGCACCUCAUCCGCCAUCUCCACUCCAAGGGAGCCGAGCCGCAGGAGUCCGGUCAGCAGGACCCGCCCCACGCCGCUGCGGCGCAGGUGGAGCACGGUGAGCGGGGGCGGCGCCGGGGUGGGCGGAGUCUCGGGCGGGGCCAGCUCGGGCGCCGCCUCCUCAGGCUCGGAUCGGGCGGUGAAGCUGCACCUGGGCAUGCAGGUGCUGCUGACCAGCGCCAACGAGAUGGGCGCCAUCCGCUACCUGGGCACGGCGGACUUCGCGCCCGGCCUGUGGCUGGGCCUGGAGCUGCGCUCCGCCCGGGGCAAGAACGACGGCGCGGUGGGGGAGCGCCGCUACUUCAGCUGCCGGCCCGGCCACGGCGUCCUGGUGCGCCCCAGCCGCGUCACCUACCGCGGCAUCAACGGGGGCCGGCUGGUGGACGAGCCCAGCUGAGGAGGGAGGGAGGGGGGGUGCUGGGAGGGGGAGGGGGGGGGAGUUUUGGGGACUUUAUUCCACCUGCGUCCCAGAGUGUCCCUACCUGCAGCCGCCUGGCUGCCGGGGAAUAGUCCACCAGUGAAAAUGUUCAUCGGUUACGUCAGACGUUGUUUUUAAUCAUCUGAAAGCAGGGUCGUGCACAAAGAGCAAAAAGCAGGCUGUUUGGAAUGUUAGCUUCAAAGUGGGAGGAAGGGGGU